GAGAAGUGAAUUACAUUUUAUUGGUUCUUGUAAUGUUUCUUUGUUCCUGUAACAAUAGUUUAGGGGAUUGAUUCCUCAGACUGAUAAUUGAUUAGAAUUUGUAACCAGGUGUUAAUGCAAAAUACCUACACGAUGCAGUGAAUAUAUAAAGUGAAUCUAGUACAUAGCAGUGACGUCACUGAUAAUUUCGAACUGGAUUUCUUAGUGGACGCUUAGCGGUUAACAAAAAAAGUGACAUUAUACCUAAUGUUCUGUCUAAGUAAUCUUAUUUAUUAAAAUGGAUAAUCAAAGCAUUCCUCGACUGCCAGGACCAGCUAUAAAUCCCAUAGUAGAAAAUUCAGAUGAGCCACAGCCAAGUCUAUCGGAUUUACAUGAUUUUGAACCCAAAUUAGAAUUUGAUGAUUCGGAAUUAUUGGCUGUACCAUUUACACACACAACACAUGAUGUGAUGGACGAAGAUUUUGUUAUUGCAGAAGAUCCGAAUGAUGAAUCGACUGAAAUUGUGAAUCCACUAGAAGAUGAUUUUGAAGAUCAACUGAGAGAGGAAAAUGAAAAUUUCAGUAUUUCACCAAAACGAAAAAACUGUGAUUUUUUGGGUACCGAUAAACAAGGACGCCACAUAUUUGGUAUAUACGCCUCCAGAUUCCCGGAAAAAUCACAAAUGGAAAGUUUUAUUCGGGACAUUAUUAAAGAAAUCGAACCCUAUGUUGAAAAUGACUAUAUCCUGGUAUAUUUUCAUCAAGGUCUAAAAGAGGAUAACAAACCAUCAGCCCAAUUUCUAUGGAACUCGUAUAAGGAACUGGAUCGCAAUUUCCGCAAGAAUCUGAAAAAUCUUUAUGUUGUCCAUCCUACCUGGUUUAUACGUGUCAUAUGGAAUUUCUUUAGUCCAUUCAUUAGUGAAAAAUUUCGUAAAAAGCUUGUCUACAUCUCAAAUUUAGAUGAACUUCGGCAGGCAUUGGGUCUAUCGAAAUUAAAAUUACCCGAUAAUAUAUAUAAUUUUGAUGAUAGCCUAAAUCAUUCACGUCGGCAUGUUUCUAUAAACUCGAACAUUGACGAUAGGUCAACGCACAAACAAAUGGCUAAAACUGCACAAUUUGGUGUAACGUUGAAAUUCAUCGUUACAAAUAGUCCUUGCUUAAAUUCAAUACCGCCCAUCGUACGUAAAUGUGUCGACUCAUUGUCGAUAACUGGCAUGAUUGAUACCGAAGGCAUAUUCCGUCGUUCGGGAAAUCAUUCAGAGAUUAUAGCUUUGAAGGAGCGUGUUAAUCGUGGUGAAGAUGUCGAUUUAAAAGAUGUGAACGUUCAUGUUAUAGCCGGUCUAUUGAAAAGCUUCCUUAGAGAUCUAGCCGAGCCACUAUUAACAUUUGAAUUGUAUGAAGAAAUAACAAGUUUUCUUGAAUGGCCUAAAGAAGAUAGAUCCCGCAAUGUAACGCAAUUGAUACGCGAGAGACUGCCUGAAGAAAACUAUGAAUUAUUUAAAUAUUUAGUGGAAUUUUUAGUAAGGGUUAUGGAGUGUGAAGAUCUAAACAAAAUGACAUCUUCGAAUUUAGCCAUUGUCUUCGGUCCCAACUUUCUGUGGUCGGAUAAAAAAACAACAUCCCUAGAUGAAAUAGCUCCCAUAAAUGCAUUCGUUGACUUUGUAUUGCAAAAUCAAAAGGACAUUUAUUUAGUUGACAUCAAUCAAGGACCUACCCCUAUUGGCUGAAAAAUCAACUAAAAUAUUCUUUGGAUAUAAUUAUGGCGGCAAUAUUUAUGUAAUGUGUAUCGUUAAAUAAUAAUGAAAACAUGAAAAGGGAUCCCAAACUAAUUCUUAAAAAAAUAAUAAUUAAAACUAAUUAAGCUAACCAGAAUUAACACAAUGGCAAUUAUCAGAAAGAGAACAGCGGAAGAAAUAAUGGUGUCGAAACAUCACAUAUAUACAACUAGAUUUUAAUGUUAAGUGUAUAUUAUAAAAUAAUAUUAAUUAAGGUGCAAGCAUGGAAUAACUACUGUUUUGGUAUUUUAAUAUAACUAGUUCUUUAUUUGUGAGAGUUCGGAAACCAGCACAAAUUGGACAUAAAGAAACAUUCCUGCUACCACAUGAUGCAUAUUCUUAUGCUUGCAAAGAACAGGUUAUUUAAAUGCGGCGUAUGAUAGUUUAAAAAAUAAACAAAAUUCAUUUGGUUCAAACAUAAUCUGUAAUCAUAUAAAAAUAACAUUUUUUAAAUUUUAACCCAACAAUAUAUUUAUUUUUGUUAUAAUUCUAACUAUAUACUCUA